AUGGCAGAGCGAGAGGCGCAAAAGAUAGUACAGAAGGACCGCUCAAAGCGUGUAAAAGACGCCAAGAAUGAAGCACAGCAAGAGAUAGAAGACUAUCGGAAGCAGAAGGACGAGGAGUUCAAAAAAUUCGAGGAGAAGUACAACAGUGGCAACAAGCAAGCGGAGGAGGACGCACAGAAGGACGCAGAAGAACAGAUGGAGGCUAUCAGGAAAGCUGGGGACGAGAAGGGGGACAAGAUCGUCAAAGAUGUGUAUGAGAUGGUGACAGAGGUGAGACCAGAGGCUCCUGAUCGCAUAGGAGGGCAACCGGACUCGUAG